CUUUACAAUAUGUGCAUUGUUAAGUGGCUCCUCGUAGUGUAAAUUUUAACGCGGUAAAAAUUAAUUGUACAGCUGGAUAACCGAGGCAACGACCAAAAGGAAUUUGAUAAGAGAUUUAUUGAUUAAAUGACAGAAUUAUUACUGGUUACUUAAUAGGAUGUGUAACACUUCCUGCUCAUUUUUAAAUGACCUAAAUGACUAAAUUGUCCAAUUUCAAAUUUCACGAACACGAGCAGAAUCCUUUUACACUCCACGCAUAGCAAAUCAGCCUGAAAUUCCCCAAAUUUCUGAAUUACCACGUAAAAAUACAACGUAAAUUAAUUUUUGUAAAUAGAACUAUUGUCAGUAGACAAUAUCAUAACAUGUACAAAACACGUUCAAAAUAAGUUAUCAUUUGACAUAUAUAUUAGACAAACUCAACUUAAAAUAAAAAAAUUCGAAAUAUUUUUACAUGAAAUAUAUUUCCAAUCUAAAAGUCUCUUUAAAAGCAAAUACAACUUAUUUUUAGCAACUGUGCACAUAUAAUUGAAUAUGGCGAUGUUACUAACGAUAGUGAACGUUGACGCAUUUUAGUUUCAAUACGCCGUUAUAUAAAUAUAAAGGAUUUUUAUUUGUCAAAAAGAUAUAGACAAAUUAUUAAUAUUAUUAGAAGAAAAUGUUACGUUUAAAUGUAAAUGACUUGUUAAAACAGAAACAGAAUUUAAUAUUAUUAAAGUAUUUAAGCUCACAAACAAAGAGUAGUACAUCGAAGAUUAACUCAAAUGUUGUAGGACUCAGUGAGAAAUGUUGUAAAAUUCCAAAUACACCUGUUGGGCCUCGUGCUGCUAAAAAUAAAGAAUAUAAAAAUCCAGAGUAUUUUUGUUAUCAUAUAGACACUUUCGGAGAAGCAGAAGUGGAAUUAGCAAAAUAUAGAUUACCAGCUCCUUCUAAUAGAAUACCUUUCAAUAAAUAGUUUUUAUGAUCACAUUUGUCUUUAUAGAAAAUUUUGUAGCAACCAACAAAGUAUAGUAAAUAAAUAAUAUUUAAAAAGGAA